CAGCACACACAUGUUAUAAACUCUCUUUAAGCCGUAUCGCACACGCAUUAGUCGUAGUCGUAGUCCCAUCUUCGGCAUCUUCAUAUCGAAACCAGCAGGUUGAUUGAAGACUAUUACCUGUGGGUUUUGCGAAACGUUUGAUAGAAGCAGGCAGUGUGUUGUCCCUGUCUGUGUCUGCCUCGAGGCUUUUGCAAUGGGAGGACCUAAAAAGUUUAAAAGAGACUUCGCUGGUAAGAAUUUAUUCAAAAGAAGAAUUGAGAAAAUUGAGAACUAUGUAAUGCAAAUUUUAGAGGACCGAAGACAAAAGAAACGGAGGAGGGAGGAGGAAGAUGAGUACAGACCUGAAGAUGAGGGCGAGGGUGGAGAGUUGGAAAUGGUUCCAGGCUGUGCUGCCCAAAAUGCAGAACAAGCCGAUGAGAAAGCCCUUGAAGAUGAAUAUGGGGCGAAAGAUUACAGAUCCCAAAUGGAACUGAAAGCUGAUCACUACUCUCGCCCAUUGUGGGUGGCACCUAACGGCCACAUUUUCCUAGAAUCAUUCUCUCCGGUUUACAAACACGCUCACGAUUUUCUCAUCGCUAUUUCGGAGCCAGUCUGUCGUCCUGAACACAUCCACGAGUACAAGUUGACUCCUUAUUCCUUGUAUGCUGCUGUCUCUGUGGGUCUUCAAACACAUGAUAUUAUUGAGUAUUUGAAAAGGCUGAGCAAAACCACAAUUCCUGAAGGAAUCAUGAAUUUCAUCAAAUUAUGUACUCUGUCCUACGGAAAGGUUAAACUGGUGUUGAAGCACAACAAAUAUUUUGUCGAGUCACAGUUUCCUGAUGUCCUACAGAAGCUUCUGAAGGAUCCUGUGAUCCAAGAAUGCAGACUGCGCCACAGGGAAGAAGAUAUUGAAAAACUUGGAGGAACGACUGUUUUGGAAGAUGGCCUCAUUUCGCAGACUCAAACUAAGCACGCUGUUACCCAGUUCGGCGCCAAGCCUGCUCCAGCACCACCACCAGAGGCUGGGCAAAGCUCUGCUGAUGGAGGUGAAGAAGCACCUGCUGUUGUUCCUGAAGAUAUCACCAAUUUCUACGAAAAAAUGGACAAGGAGGACGAAGAAGAUGACCAAGAAGCGGUUUUGAAAACGGUUUCUUUUGAAGUCAACCAAGAAAAAAUUGAAGUGAUUCAAAAGCGUUGCAUCGAGCUGGAUUACCCACUUCUAGCAGAAUAUGACUUUAGGAAUGACUCAGUAAAUCCAGACAUCAACAUUGACCUGAAGCCAUCGGCUGUUUUGCGCCCUUACCAAGAAAAGUCGCUAAGGAAGAUGUUUGGCAAUGGCAGAGCAAGAUCUGGAGUCAUCGUCCUUCCUUGCGGUGCUGGCAAGAGUUUGGUCGGCGUGACUGCCUGCUGCACUGUGAGGAAGAGAGCACUCGUCCUGUGCAACUCAAGCGUGUCUGUUGAGCAGUGGAAACAGCAGUUCAAAAUGUGGUCCACGGCAGACGACAGCAUGAUUUGCAGAUUCACCUCUGAUGCCAAGGAUAAGCCCAUGGGGAGCGGCGUGUUGAUCACCACCUACUCCAUGAUCACACACACUCAGCGAAGGUCAUGGGAAGCUGAGCAGACCAUGAAGUGGCUUCAGGAGCAGGAGUGGGGAAUUAUGGUCUUAGAUGAGGUGCACACGAUUCCCGCCAAGAUGUUCCGUAGGGUGUUGACCAUUGUCCAGUCGCAUUGCAAACUGGGUCUCACUGCAACGCUCCUGAGAGAAGACGACAAGAUCGCAGAUCUCAAUUUCCUCAUCGGUCCAAAACUUUAUGAAGCGAACUGGCUUGAGUUGCAACGCCGAGGCUUCAUUGCUAGAGUCCAGUGUGCUGAGGUUUGGUGUCCAAUGACUCCCGAAUUUUUCAGAGAGUACUUGGCUUGUAGAACCUCGAAAAAAUUGCUUCUCUAUGUGAUGAACCCAACGAAAUUCCAGAUGUGUCAGUUCCUAAUCAGAUACCAUGAGCGGAGGUGUGACAAGAUCAUCGUUUUCUCUGACAAUGUGUUUGCCCUGAAGCAUUACGCUUUGCAAAUGAAGAAGCCUUACAUUUACGGUCCAACCUCACAGAACGAGAGAAUGCAGAUUCUGCAGAAUUUCAAGUACAACCCAAAAGUGAAUACCAUUUUCGUAAGCAAAGUUGCCGACACAUCCUUUGAUCUGCCAGACGCGAAUGUCCUUAUUCAAAUCUCCUCACACGGCGGCUCCCGAAGACAGGAGGCUCAACGACUGGGUCGAAUUUUGAGAGCCAAAAAGGGUGCCAUCGCCGAGGAGUACAAUGCAUUUUUCUACACUCUGGUGUCGCAGGACACAAUUGAAAUGGGAUACUCAAGAAAAAGGUCUCGAUUCUUGGUCAACCAAGGCUACAGCUACAAAGUGAUCACUAAGCUAGCAGGAAUGGACGAAGAGGCAUUGUUCUAUCGCAGUAGAGAAGAGCAAGGUCAGCUGCUUCAACAGGUCUUGGCGGCAAGCGACAUGGACGCAGAUGAAGAGAGAGUGCCAGGCGAGGGCGGUCCUAAGUCUGGCUCUUCGUUUCAAAGACGUCCUGGAACUCUGUCAUCGCUUUCUGGGGCUGAUGACGCAGUGUACAUGGAGUACAAACGCUCAUCAAACGUGAAGCAUCCGCUGUUCAAGAAAUUCAGAGGCUAAUCACAAAGAAUACACAAAUUUUCUGUUAGACUCGAGUAAUAUUAUUAUUAGGGUUACAAUAAAAUAAUAUUAAAAUUCA